AUUCCGAUACAAGUUAUGUAAACUUUUCAUUUUGACAAUGGAGACGACAAGUGUGAAGGAAAUCUUACAAAACUUUACGUCUGGGAUAACUUCUGCCGAAGAAUGUUUCUGCUUAAUAGUUUCACUUGAUGGAUACGAUUCAAUCAGACAACAUUUUCUGGCGUACAUUGACGCUCUACAGCUCACAAACACAAAAAAGUACCAUGAACUUUGCAACAUUUAUGUAAACUACUUCGAAAAACCUCCAUCGGACACGUUUACGGACCCCAUAAGUUGCAGUGUUGAGAAUGGAUAUUUGACUAGUGACUUUGGGUAUGAAUUAGAUGUAGAGCUUGCAUCUGCGCUUUCAAUAGAGCAGAAAGAAAGUCCCAAAUCUUCAUAUGCCAGUCUUCUGUAUGACAAAUCAACUGGAUCAAGUGUUUAUGACUCAAAAAGUGAGGAGAAGAAUGCACAAAUCCCAACUGCAGAAAUACCAAAACUUUCCAACAACACUUCAUCAAGUCAAUCUUCAAAAAAGAGGAAAAAGCAGGGCAGGGCAAAUGGUCAGAGUUCUGAAAGGCAACUGAAAAGACCUGUGUUGUACUGGCUCAGAAGAGACCUACGUCUAUAUGACAAUCCAGCAUUAUGUGCAGCGUCAUGCAUGAAUUCACCUGUAAUAUUAGUUUUCCUCUGGUCAGAAUCUGAAGAGGAUCCAGACAAUGUUGUGGCUGCUGGGGGUGCAACAAAAUUAUGGCUACACCAUGCUCUGAAGGAAUUAGAUAAAUCAGUAACUGACAAAUAUGAAAAUAAAAUAAUAUUCAGAAAAACAGAUUCAUAUCAGAAAGAAAUAAUGAAAUUGAUUGAUGAAACUGGUGCCAAAACAUUUAUUAUUAAUGACAUUUAUGAGCCAUUUCUCAAGCAGAGAGAUGACAAAAUCUGUGAACAACUACAGAAAAGGGGAAUCAUCUGUAAACGUUAUCAUUCCUACUUGUUACAUGAACCAGGCUCAGUGUCUACAGAGUCCCUCGGGAUGAGAGGAAUUGGUUCAGUGACUCACUUUAUGGAAUGUUGUAGGCAGUCCUCUACACAGCCUAUAGGGCAUCCACUGGAUGCUCCUGGUACUCUACCAAGACCUGAACAGUAUCCAACCAGUGUGUCUCUGUCUGACUUAGGAUUGGCAAAGAUGCCAUGGAGAAAAGAUGGAACAAUUAUAAACUGGGCAGCACCUAUUGUAGAAAAAUGGGAUUUUGGAGAGAAUGGAGCUUGGAAUGCAUUGGAGGUCUUCUUGUCUGAAGGUGUAAGAAAAUAUGAGAAGGAGUCGUGUCGUGCAGAUCAUCUGAACACCUGCAGGAUUUCUCCUUACCUUCAUUUUGGCCAAAUCAGUCCCCGAGCCAUACUGGAGGAGGCCAGACACAUGAAAUCUCCCAAGUUCCUCAGAAAGUUGGCAUGGAGAGACCUUUCCUAUUGGUUGAUGUCCCUUUGGCCAGAUCUCCCUUCACAACCUACCAGGGUACAUUACAGGGACCAGGUGUGGAGCACUAACAGGAUUCACUUGAAGGCUUGGCAGAAGGGAAGGACAGGGUUCCCUCUUGUGGAUGCUGCUAUGAGACAACUGUGGUUAGAGGGGUGGAUCAAUAACUACCUCAGGCACGUGGUGGCCUCCUUCCUCAUAUCCUACCUCCGCAUUCACUGGGUGGAGGGAUAUAGGUGGUUCCAGGACACUCUGUUGGAUGCUGAUGUGGCUAUUAAUGCUAUGAUGUGGCAGAAUGGUGGUAUGAGUGGUUUAGAUCAGUGGAAUUUUGUCAUGCAUCCUGUGGACGCAGCCUUGACCUGUGACCCAGAUGGAGCUUAUGUUAGGCGGUGGUGUCCAGAGAUUGCCUCCCUCCCUAACGACUUCAUACACCAGCCCUGGAAAUGUCCCCCCUCCAUUCUUAGAAGAUGUGGUGUAAAAUUAGGAGAGACAUACCCUGACCGAGUUCUGACAGAUCUGGAACAAGCCAGGGAGCAGUCAUUAUCAGACGUUGUAGCUGUUCGCAAAAAACACCCAGAGUAUGUAGACAGACGGACAGGUAAUGACCUUGUACCUCUCCCUAAUGGCCUCUGUCUCCCAGUCAUCACAAGAAUGGAGUUUAAAUACAAAUCACAUCACCCAGAGGCUAAGGACAACCCUCACACAGCUGUACUUAGGGGGUACAGGUCAAGGAAAAGGGAUGAAGCCAUCGCUUUUGCCAAUGAGAGAGACUUUAUGGCAAGCACGAUGAAUGAAUGUAUGAAGAUGAAUGAAAGGAAACUCAGAGCAAAUAAUCUUCAGUCCUUUUCUUGACAUUGUGUAUAGAGGAAUAAUCAUUUCUGAGCUUUCAUGGACAACACUGCUGAUAUAUUGUUUAAAUCUAAAACAAUAAUCCUGUGAUAUGAGCGAAAUUUGUGAAUGUUUAAAAUUGAGGAGAAAGCUGUUGUUAAUGCAUAAUGCCAUAUGUAAAUUAUUAGUCUGGUUGAUAUUAAGUGAAUGAUGAGAAGUUGUUACAUAAUUUAGGAUACCAGAAAGAUUUUAGAUCAUUACUCAUGAUCAGACUUGUUUAACCCUAUUUUGCCCUGGGAAAUAAAUAUAAUACAGUAA